AUGACCGUCAUCUGCUAUGCGGAUGACACGAUGGUGGCCAUCUGGGGUGAGAAGCUGGAGAGCACCCUCAGGACAGCUGCAGUCGCAGCAGACCUGAUGGUCACCCGCGUCAGGCUGCUGGGGCUCAGGGUGGCCCUCAGCAAGUGCGAGGUCAUCGUCUUUGGCAAAAGGGGCUGGAAACCGCCUGAGGGAGCGUCCAUUCCAAUAGGUGGGGAAAGGGUCCAGGUGAAGCCGUACAUUAAGUACUUGGGCAUAACCAUGGACCCACGCUGGGACUUCCGGGAGCACUUUAAACAACUAGCACCCCGGAUAGUCGGCGCAGCAUCGGCCAUGGGCCGGCUGCUGCCCAAUGUCGGAGGGCCUAGCGCCCGGUGCCGGAAACUAUAUGCGGGCGUAGCCCGGAGCAUGGCACUAUAUGGGGCGCCAAUCUGGGCAGAUAAGCUCUCCAGAGCCAACGUGGCCCAGCUGCGAAGGCCACAAAGAGUGGUGGCCCAGCUGCGAAGGCCACAAAGAGUGGUGGCCAACCGCAUAGCUCGGGCCUACGUAACGGUAUCGCUCGAAGAUUGGAUGGAUAGAAAGUACGGCCAACUGACGUACAGAAUGACGCAGGUGAUGACCGGACACGGGUGCUUCGGUCAUUACCUGCAUACAAUAGGCAGAGAGCCAAGCCCGGUCUGCCACGAGUGUGGGGAGCCGGACGACACGGCUCAACACACCCUGGCAGAAUGUGAGAGGUGGGCCACAGAAAGGGUGGCCCUAGCAGUGGCCCUGGGCGACCGCGAUCUCACGCUGCACUGCAUCGUCAGUAAGAUGCUGGGCAGCGAGAGAUGCUGGGACGCGAUGUCCUGCUUCUGCGAGACGGUAAUGUCGCAGAAGGAGACCGCUGAGAGGGAGCGUGAAGCGAGAGCUGAAGCGCUCCCAUGCCGGCGAGGACGAAGAGGCAGACGGCGGGCGCAAUACGCCCGCCGUUUACCCUAAUCGCGCCGUAAGGCGAAACCGGGGGGCGUCGUGGUAGAAUGCUUGCGAUCCCACGGCGCCCCCAACAACGGCUGGUGCGGAAACGCCGUAGGAGG